ACUUCACUUUAUUAGUUUCCAUAUAGGCUGAAUACUAGGCUUACUGAAUACCUCAAUGUGGUUUGUGGAAAGGAAAUUGGUUUCUAACACAAGGACUCUUGUGGUCGAGGUCUCUCAAUUUGGAAGUGACAUUUUAUGCUUUGCUCAGUUUAGAUAGCACUGCUUUGGACGAUUUUGUAUGCGAGUGUGGACAUAGUGUAUUGAAACUGUGUUCCAGAAUGGCAGAUGGUGGUAUUGAUAUUGAAGGUGCAAGGAAGGCACGUUCAGACUCGAUCUCAUCUGAAGAGGAUUCGGCAUGGUCGACAUGCUCGGAACACAGUCUGCAGUUCUGUGGAAAAACAGUCAAGGACGUGCCUCCCAUUCCCGAUUUUGGAAGCGGUCUUGCCAAACCUGCUGUACUAGAUGGGUCCUUUGGAUCAGAGCAGGAGAAACAGAGAUGGGAUUUUACACCAGUCACCCUUGAACAAGCAAAGUCUGGUGCAGUACAUCGUCCUGUUCGAGUGUAUGCUGACGGUAUUUUCGAUCUCUUCCAUGCGGGGCACGCAAGGGUGCUCAUGCAAGCUAAAAACGCCUUCCCUAAUACAUACCUCAUAGUAGGAGUUUGCAACGACGAGCUGACUCACAGAAACAAAGGCAACACGGUUAUGAAUGAGUGGGAAAGGUAUGAAGGGGUCCGACACAACAGAUAUGUAGAUGAAAUCGUUCGGGAUGCCCCGUGGUCCGUCACACCAGAAUUCCUGGAGAAACACAAGAUUGACUUUGUAGCACACGACGAUGUGCCUUACGGAGCUUCAGGCACAGAGGACGUCUACAAAGACAUCAAAGCGGCUGGUAAAUUUGUCGCCACUAAAAGGACGGAGGGCGUAUCCACAUCGGACAUCAUCGCAAGGCUCGUCAGAGAUUACGAUAUCUACGUCAGACGGAACCUGUCGAGAGGGUAUUCAGCCAGGGAUCUUAAUGUUGGCUUGUUUAAUGAAACCAAGUUCAAAGUUCAAGACAGCGUUGACAAGGUCCGACAGAGAGUGAGGAGAGUGGAGAGGAGAUCCAAGGAAUUCGUUCAUAAGAUGGAAGACAGGAGUAUCAACUUUCUUCAGAAGUGGGAGGAGAAGUCUCGAGAGAUGAUUGGAAACUUUCUGGACCUGUUUGGUCAGAAUGGUCCUCUGAAUCGCAUGUUCCAAGAUGGCAAGCGGUCUCUCCAGAACGCCAUCUCACCUCCCAGCAGUCCUAGGCAUGGUAGCCCCAGUGCGUCCUACUGGGACAUCGAAGACGACGUCGACUACGAAGGGGAUAGCGAAGAGGAAUACAAGUAUGGUCUUGGGCAGGCGAGCCUUGUUGUUAGAGACGACGAUGAGGAGGAGGAGGAGGAAGAGGAGGACAAGGAGGAAGAAGUGGAAGCGGAAGAAGACCAAAGAGAGUUCCGCAGGAGGAUGAUCGCUAUAGAACCAAGAUACCCUCACCGUCAUUGUCUCCUAGUGAACAGCUGGCUUCGCAUUGAAUCUUGCCUCAUGUUUCUCAAUGAAACUCUAGUCCUAUCAUCCACGCUUUGGACAGAAUAGAUAUAAGGACUGAAAGUAGGAUGAGAUCCUAUAAAUUUUAAUCUGCAUAGAAGCUCGGGAUGACAAUCAAACUGAAUUGAAAAUUGCUGAUUAUGAAAAGACAAAGUUCUCACAAAUCAUCAGUCUGAUAAUAAAGCCAAGCCAAGACAGCAAAAUCCAAUACUAAGACUAACCCAAAGGUGGCCAUGAAGUUUGUUUUCUGCAGCAUCAUACCAUUACUAUUUUUUGUGUUGUUGAGUGCUUUGUUCCUUCAGCUUCCGUUUAUAUUGUCCGAUUUUGGCUUUCUGUUCAUUCUUGCGAUUUUACUGUGAUUUACUGUAAUGAGUACAAGGCGAAAAGGUUUAGUACAUGCAUGUCUGCAUUUGUUGCUGAAGCUUGCUGCGUUAUAAUGGUAACAUUUUUAUCCGUUUGGAGCCAGAAGGGAGUUACCUCUUAUACUUUAACACAGAGCUAAUGCCCUUUUGGCUCUGAACAGAUGAGUUUGGAAGGAUCCUUCAACCAGUAGUUGUCAUAAGAAGUGAGAUUGAAGGUACCGGUAUGCAGAUGCCACAUGCCUGCUCGUCAAGAGAGACUACAUCAUCUAUGGACAACCAACAUCAUCUAUGGACAACCAACAUCGUCUUUGGGCAACCAACAUCGUCUAUGGGCAGCCAACACCGUCUUUGGGCAAC